AUGGACCGGGGCGCGCGGGCCCUGGAGCUGGCGGGGACGUUCCUCUCCACGGUGGCCUGGCUGUGCACGUUAGCCUCCACCGUCACGUCGCAGUGGCUGACUCUCUCCACCAGCCUGCUGCCCACCGAGAGCUACGAGCUGGGCCUGUGGGAGACCUGCGUGGUGCAGGAGCUGGGGGCCACGCAGUGCAGGCCCUACAGCAGCCAGCUGGGCCUGCCCCCGGACAUCCGGCUGGCCCGGGCCCUCAUGUGCACGGCCCUGGGCUCCGGGCUGCUGGGGCUGACGCUGGCCGUGCCCGGCCUCCACCUGGUGCACAGCUGCAGGGGCCUGCGGGCCCAGGAGGCCAAGAGGGCAUCCAAGCUCCUGGGGGGGGUGUUCUGCCUGGCGGCCGGCGUGGUGGGGCUGGUCCCGGUGUGCUACAUGGCCCACCUGACGGUGCUGCGCUUCUUUGACGAGUCCAUGCCGGACGUGGUGCCACGCUGGGAGUUUGGGAGCGCCCUGUUCUGCGGCUGGGCGGCCGGGAUCCUCCACCUGCUGGCCGGGGCCUUGCUGGUGGGCUCCGCGCUGUUCUGUCAGGGGCGUCCCCGCAUUGAGCCCACCCCCCUACAGACACCUGUGAGCCGGGCAGCCCAUCGUUCCUCUGGGACCAAGUCAGAGUACGUCUGAACAGAGAGCAGAAACUGAAUCACUUCAUCACUGAUUUUUCUUUCUCUCUUUGCUUGCUUUCUUCCUCUCUUCUCUCACCUCUCUCCUUCCCUCCCAAACCUGGACUCCUGUCUUAUUUUUGUUAGCUUUAGCAUGCUAGUCUGUCUCGUCUCAUGGUACUGUACAUAGGACACUUCUAAGGACAAUACUAAUUAAACUAUUGGAAUUAAUUUCUGAUAUCAAAAUAUAUAAA